UUCUAUAAAAGUUUGUUAUAACAGGACGGAUCACUGUUCAGAUAUAUUCAACUACACCAGUAGCCUUCAGGUUUCAGGGUUGAGAUGGAGUAGAGAAUGUGAGUCCCAGUGUGAAAAUAUCUGGAAACCAAGAGAGAUGAAGGGUCGGAGUAGAACAAUAAUCCCGGAGAGAAUUCACAAAUCAGAUGAAACCUGGAGAAAACUUCAUAAAUCAGUUCAAACUGAGAAAAGAAUCCCGGAACUGAGCUCAAAACACAAAACUUGUAAUGAUGUUGAAACCCGGGGAGAUAAAACCUUAGAAAACUCGGUGCCGGAGAACCCCAAUCUCAGAAAUGGAAGAAAUUCGUUAGUUUUCUCAGAUUUGAUUAUAGAACAUAGACCAGGGGCAAGAAAACAUGAAAGAGACCCAAACAACGAAUUGUAUUUACACGAAACCAAAUUGCCUUUUUCAAUAUAUAGUAAACAACUUGGAACUACUCGGAGAAAACUUGAGGAUUAUCCUAGUAAGAUCGAAACCAGGUUGAAAACAAAUAUUCUUAUUAGUUCCUCAAUUCAAACUUGUCCUUUAAACAAUCCGUCCGUAACAACACUUCCCUGCAAUGCUUCAAUACAAACCUCUGCUCUAGCCAACCCUACUCCAAUACAUGAUCCAAAUAACCUAAUCAUAACUCAUAACAGGAUCAAUCUUCCAGGUUCAGUUAAUUCUCUAGGUCUCCUAACCUUGGAAAGACCAAGAAUGAGUGAAUUGCAAAUUUCUUUUCCGUUCACUACUUCCAGCUCUAAAUCCUACAUUAUGACGUGCACGAAUGGAAUAGCAAGGUUUCCGACCCCAUCGGAGCAAACAAGAACUUUAAACAAUCCUGAUUCUCCGGUAUCUAGUUUUAGCAGUCCUAUCUCUGACAGUACUCCUUGUAAUAUUGUCUCCACCUGUGAUAAAACUCGUAAUAAUUCCAUUUUGCGUUUACCGUUUGAUUCAACUGGUUUCCAAAACUCUCCGCAACUAAGUUCAAUUUCAGAUAUAUCUGGUUCAAACGUGUCCUGUAUCCCACUCCCGAUAGAUGAUAUAAUUCCUACUAGUCCCUCUGUAGGUUGUUUAAGCGUGGAUAAUCUGGAUUAUAAUUACACUGUUCGUUCAAAUAGUCCUACAAGUCAAUUUGAUAGAUUUCGAGAAGAAGUAACGUUGCUACACAGUCCAGUCCAUGCUAGCGGUAGAGGUUCAUGCAGAGCACUUUCUUCUCAAAAUGGUUCCUAUAGCUUUAAUUAUUCUCCAGGUUCAAUAGAUCAACUGGAUGUGGAGAAUAGUAUUUGUAACUUUAAUAAUAGUGGAGUUAGUUCCAUGAACUCAUUACUUGAUUAUUCAAGUCAAGACUACAAUCCAAAAUCCAAAACUUCAAACGGAGAAUUUUAUUUCUUGAAUAAAUCAUUUUCUGGAAGUUCUGAAUUGUAUCGAAAUUCAGAAACGUGGACCCCGUGUAAGGAAAUUUCGUCAAACCCAACCAAGACCAGAAACCUGAUUAAUAAAACUGAUAAAACUGGAUUCAGCAAAUCUAGAUUAGAAAAAAAUCCAACUCCAAAGAUAAAUCUUUCUAACUCCACCAGGUCAAAAUGCAAACAAAGUUCAGAUCAAUCAAAUAAUUGCUCAAACUGUCAGUCAACAACCAAAUUCAAACUGAAACCAAACCAAAAUCGAGACAAAUUUACGACCAGCUCUCGUCGAAAAGAUUUCAAACAUUCUGAAAUAAAAAGUACUCAAUCAUCACGGUUUAACCAUCUCUCCGAGGAAAGCCCAAGCUUUAUAAAGUUCGAUCCAGGAACAGGAAGGAAGGAUACUUUCAACCAGGAUUUACAAUCAAAUCUUAAGCAGAACUUGUUAAAGCAGAAAAAAAAGAUUAACAGAGGUCAAUCUUUAUUAAUGGAAAAGAAAUCGAGUAGAAAAGAAUCAGCAUCGAAGCGACAACAACCCCUGGACUGUAGAGUACUUAUAUAUUCAAACAAAAGUCCUAAGCUUCAAAACGGCCGAGUGCAUCCAGACGUUAGGUCGGAGAAUAUUUCAAAAGGUCCAAAAUUAAAAGUACAAUCCAACCCAGAGUUGUUAAUCCAUCCCAAAGAAAGGAAUAAGUUCGAAAUACACCCUGGAGAGCAGUAUCAUAAUAAACUAGAGAUGAGAUGGAUGAAGGUGCACUGUAAGAACCACCCGGAGAAACAAGAUAAAUCCUCUCAAACUGAUGACGUAACGCGAGAAAUUAAAAACAUUCCAGAUGGUUAUUUAAAUGAAAGAGAGAGAUAUAACAGUAGAGAGGAGCUAAACGAACCUGUUGACUCUAUACCUCAGAAAUUGAGGAAAAGAACUCGAGGGUUUUUCCUAAAUUCAAGUUCUUGCAUCGGACAAUUUACUUCUCGUCCAAUGGGGAAAUAUCUGAAAGAGAGACAAAGUAUUUCGAAUUCUAGUUCAUCUAAAUUUAAACAGCUUGAGAACCCUCCGGACGGAAAUACAGAAGAAGUUCAAGAUGAUAACGAACGAGAAUUAACUCAUCAUAAAAUUCCACGUUGGAUCUCAUGGUUCGCUAAAACCGACCCAGACUGUGUCCACGACCUGGAGUUAACAACAUUAACCUCGUCCUCGAAACCCGAGGAUUUAACCGACUCCCACCUACCCAUGGAGCUCUACAUGACUCAGGUUCUUGUCUCCAGUAUCCGGUCAUCACAGGAAGUGUGUUUAGCGUACUCCAUGGAGUUCUAUGAAAAAAUGUUUUAUCCCUCCGUCCCUUGUGGACAGUGCCAUUAUUGUUGGAUUACAGGAAACAGAAAAUAAAAUUGAAAUAUCAUCAAAAAUAAAUUUGUUUUAAAUAAACAAUAGACAA